UGCUUGCCUCCAGGGUGCCCUGGGUUUCCUGGGUCUUGAUGGUUCUACCGUGGAAAGCGUGACGCUCCCACGCCAAAAAUCCAUGGACGUCCUGUGGCCUCAGGGUUGGACUUUUUGUGGAAGGUGUCUUGUGGUCGGGCCCCAUGAUUACCCUUUUAGUUCCGUCUGUAGCGUCGAUCCGCGUCGAUUGGCGUCUGGGAGACAAUGGGAUUGCGCCGGCUUAGAGUCGAUCAGCGUCGAUUUAGCGUCGACUAGCGUCGAUUUAGCGUCGAUCAGCGUCGUUUGGCAAGAGCCGACAAGGUGGCAUGGGAGGCUUCCAUGAUUUGCCACCGAACACAUCUUCGACGACGCGACUAUGAAGAGGUACGUUCCGGCGCCAGUCUUCAAGAGGUUCCUCGAGGACACUGUGUCUGGUGCUCCCACCAGCGAGGAGGACCAGCGGGCCAUCGCGGAAGGCAUGUUCAAGUGGGCGCGGGAGAAAGGCUGCACCGACUUUGCCCACUGGUUCUUCCCGUGCCGCGGCGGCAGCGGUGCCGUGGGCGGUGCCGUCGGCGCCCUCAAGAUGGACACCCUGGUCGACCUCGACUUCAAGUCGGGGAGCGCGAUCAAGCCCUUCUUCGCGACGCUCCCGCACGAGCGCCUGUUCCAGGGCGAGACAGACGGCUCCUCGUUCCCCAACGGCGGCCUGCGCGUGACGCACUCCGCCGCCGCCUUCACGGUGUGGGACCGGACGUCGCCCCCGAUCAUUGCGGGCACCACGCUCCGGAUCCCGUGCUCCUUCCUGACGCACCUGGGAAAGGCGAUCGACGACAAGACGCCGCUCCUGCGCUCGCAGGACGCCGUGAGCGCCCAGGGGAUGCGCUUCCUGAAGGCCCUGGGGCUGGCAUCCGAUGCCAAGUGCCUGCGUUCGUACCUCGGGUGGGAGCAGGAGUUCUUCGUCGUCUCCGCCGACCUGUACAAGAAGCGGCCAGACCUCGUCAACACGGGCCGGACGCUGUUCGGCAAGCUGCCCACACGCGGCCAACAGAUGGACCUCAAUUACUUCGCCCCCGUCCCAGAGCUCGUCGACAAGCUCCUGGUGGAGGUGCAGCAGGAGAUGCUGAGGACGGGCACCCCGAUGGCGGUCCGCCACAACGAGGUGGCGCCUGGGCAGCACGAGAUGUCGCCCAUCUUCGGGCUGGCCAACUGGUCCGCCGACAACAACGUGUACUUCAUGGAGGUCUGCAACAGGGUGGCAGCCAAGUACAAUCUGAUGGUGCUGUUCCACGAGAAACCAUUUGCCGGCAUCAACGGCAGCGGCAAGCACGCCAACUGGUCCGUCGGAACCGACACGGGCAUCAAUUUCUUCUACCCGGGCAAGACGGAUGAAGCACGCACCAUCUACACUGCGGCCCUGGCUUGCCUCGCUCAUGGCAUCAUGCAGUACAACGAGGUGCUGCGCUGUGCCGUGGCACACGCAGGCAACGACCACCGCCUCGGAGCCCAGGAGGCGCCCCCGGCCAUCAUCUCGCUGUACCCCGGCACCGGCUUCGAAACGCACGUGGACGCGGUGAUCGCAGGCGGUCCCCUACACGAGUUCAAGGCUGAGAAGAAACAGCAGUCCACUGGCUGCAAGGCGUCCAUGGCGGUGGAAUCCAACGUCGAGGACCGCAACCGCACGGCGCCCUUCCCCUUCUGCGGCAACCGCUACGAGUUCCGCGCAGUAGGCUCGUCGCAGAACUGCUCUUUCCCGGUGAUGAUCUGCAACACGAUAAUGGCCGCCGGCAUGAGCGCGCUCUCCGAUAAGAUCGAGGGCGGCAUGAAGGCGCGCGAUGCCGUGGCCGAGAUGUACAAGAAGAACCGCAACGUCAUCUUCACAGGCAAUGGCUACUCCGCCGAGUGGCCAGCCGAAGCGGCCAAGCGCGGCCUCCCCAACCUCAAGACGACACCGAUGGCUAUCAAGCAGUGGGCCUCGAACAAGAACAUUGAGCUCUUCGAGAAGCUUGGCGUCUUCUCCAAGGAGGAGACCAAGGCCAGGGCUGAGGUGAUGUACGAGGCCUACAAUACCACUCUCAGCGUCGAGGUCGCCACAAUGGUCGACAUGGUCAAGACUGGAUUCAUGCCGGCUUUUGCACAGGACCUAGCCUUGUACAAGGACGCCCACGACUUGAUGGGCAAUCGUAAGGCGCUGUACGCUUCGGUGAAGACCGAGACCGAAAAGCUUGAGAAGAUGAUGAAGGAGGCUCCUCAUGACAUGGUCGCAGAGGCCGAGUACCUUUGCGGCAAAGUUAAGGAGCAGAUGGUCAAGGUGCGCUCUCUGGUCGAUGAGGCCGAGGGCCUUCUGGAUCAGAAGCUCUAUCCGUACCCGACCUACGAGUCCAUGCCGGAAGAGCUCACCAUCAAGGGGGUCAUCUCCUGCGAGUGGGAGCGGCAGCUCGCACGAGAGGUCGUGGCCAUGAUGCCGAGCGCCGGGCUGCGGCCCGACCAGCGCACGUACGAGGCCAUGCUCGGCCUGCACUUUGCGCUGCGCGAUUUCGCAGAGGUUCGUCGCGUGGCCGCCCUGGCCAAGUCCGAGGGAGUGCCGCUGACGACGCGGGCCGCCACCAUCGUCAUCAAGGCGGCCCUGAAGGCCGACAGGUGCGAAGAGGCCAUCCACCACUUCCGCCAGCUCAGGGACCUCUGGGGCCACGGCGAG